UAAAGCAGCCGAAAGCAUUAACAGCAACUUUACCAUCACCAACGCGGAACUUCUAGCGAUUCUCCAGGCGGUGGAAACAGCAAAGAAGGAAAACUACAAAAAAGCGGUGAUUUUCACGGACUCAAGGAGCGCGUGCGAGAUGCUCCUAAACGAGGACAUCAUCGCAAACAACUAUAUCGCUUGGGAAAUCUACAAGGAGCUACAAGGUACGAGAGAAAACACCAUCAAAAUCCAAUGGAUUCCAAGCCACGUUGGGAUUAGAGGAAACGAAGUAGCAGAUCAAGCAGCGAAGCAAAAAAGCAGGGAGAAACAGACAUUCUUCAACGGACUCACCAUGGCAGAUGCGCUGAGACUCAGCAACCUGGAUGUUUGGGCAGACUGGAGCAGACGUUACAAGGAAAAAUCAAAAACCAAAGGAUGUUGGCACUUUAACCUAAUGGAGACACCAGGUAGGAAAAUCUGGUCACACGAGCUGCAACUGAAUCCGGACGAAGUAAAAACCUUGAACAGAAUAAGAAGUGGUCAUGCACUCACCAAAUCCAAAAGAGCCACGUGGGGAUGGGAGAUAGACGACCAGUGUGAUUGGUGCGAAGUAAAAGAAGACAUCAAACACAUCCUAUAUGACUGUCCAAAGUUCAAUAUUGAACGAAACAAGUACCCGAUACUAGAAUACAUGAAGCCAAUCGAACAAGUUCUAAUCGAGCUUUGUGAAGAAGAACUCAAACAGAUCACAAGAUUCAUCAAGGAAACCAAAAGCCAAAUUUAAAUCAGGACAACACCAUCAGCUAAAACCAUGAACCAGAAACACGAAGAUACGACACCCAACGAACAAGCGAAGAAGAUUGUGGCGAGAUGGACCAACCUAUAAUAUGUAUCUUCAACUCCUGGAGUAAAAUGUAAAUAACAUUAACCAGUUUAAUGAGAGAGGAGAGAGAGAA